AUGGCUCCCACUCGAGCCUCGCCGCGUAAAUCCGCCUCUCGAUCGCUAUCCACCGCUUCACCCAGCGUCAAACCCGAACCGACCGACCCCGAGCUACCUUCUCUCUCCGACUCACCAGCUAAACGCAAGCGUGGAGCACCCAUCAAAGCCGAUCCAUCCGAAAUCGAAGAUCUUCUCUCCUCCACCUCUUCCACUGUCAAGAAGAAAGAAGAGUUGCUCGAUGGAACCGAUUCGGUCUCUGGGUCGCCUUCGAAAAAGUCGACUUUAGAUCGCAAACUCGCAGCGUAUAAAGCAUCGAUCGUUGGCUCUCCCUUUCCUGAUCAUCCGCUACCCACUGCUGAAGAAGCCGAAAACGUUGCUUGGAUCCUGGGCGAUUUCCACGGGUACAAACGAGAUUCUGAAGGCGGUAGGGGGCUGCCCAAGUAUACAACCCCAAAAGGGGAGGAUAAAUGGGGAGGAUGUGGAGACGUGCCCUCGGUCCUCGACGCGGUUGUUCGCACCGUUCUCUCCUGCAACACCUCAAGCCGAAACUCUUCAGCCGCACACCGUUCGAUGACCGAACACUUCGGAGUGCAGAACUGGGAGGCAAUCCAUUCGGCACCAGAAUCUGAACUCGUCGAAGCUAUCCGCUGUGGAGGGCUCGCCAAUAACAAAGCGCGCACCAUAAAGGGUAUCUUAGCACAGACGAUGGAAAGACACGGAAAGCUCUCCCUCGAUCACCUUCACAACGCAACAGACGACGAGAUCAUGCAGGAGUUGGUGCGUUUCAACGGUGUAGGACCAAAGGUAGCCAGUUGUGUAUUGGCAUUUUGUAUAGGACGCCAGAGUAUGGCGGUGGAUACGCAUGUUUUUAGGUUGUGUAAAGCUUUGCGUUGGGUACCGGAGAAGGCGAAUCGCGAUCAAACGUAUUAUCAUUUACAUGAGAGAGUUCCGGGUGAUUUAAAGUACGCAUUGCAUGUGUUGUUGAUCAAACAUGGCAAGAUGUGUCGUCAUUGUAGUGCCAAGCGGUUCGCCACUGUUCGAGAGAAGAGAGAUACGGAUGCGGAGGAAGGAGAGGAGAAGGAGGGGGAGAAGGAGAGGUCAAAAGAUCGACCUUGUCCACUGAAAGCUGCUGGAUUGUUAGGCAGGAAGGCUAAUGCGCUAAAAGAUGCUGCCGGGGCGAAGAAAGAAGAUGCCGACACUACCGUUUCUUCUCCGGUCAAGAAGAAAGGCAAGACCGAAACCCAAGAAGAGCCUCUUACCAACGAUGCUGGAGAAGUAGACUACGCUGGAGCACUGUCAAAAGCUCGUUCCGCCUCUGCCUGCGACCUCUUCGAUCUCGUGCAAAAACGCGUCUGCACACGUCUCAAAAGCUCGCAUUUCUCACUCGAAAUCCUCCACGCAGACUCUUUGUCCUCCGAACAACGCAAACGAGUCUUCUCACUCUUCGAAUCCAACAUGAAAGCUAUGUAUCUCAAUUCAGUGCUCGGUUGGAAACGCAGCUCAAAACGCAAAGAGCUGUUCGACUCUGAAUCCCGAUUCGUCAUGCUCCGGCCUGCAGCGGCGGAAGGAGCAGAAAUAGCAGCUUUUGCCAUGUUCCGAUUCGACACGGAACCUUGCCAUCUUACAAAAGACCCAGUGGCGAAAAAGGGAGAGGAUAAAGUGGAGGUCGUAUAUCUAUACGAGAUUCAAGUGAGCAAGGAAAAUCAAAGGAACGGUCUGGGAAAACAGCUGCUAGAUGUAGUGUACGAGUUGGCGAAGGCGACGAGGAUGAGGAAAGUUAUGCUGACCGUGUUUGAUGAGAACAAGGGCGCAAAGAAGUUUUAUGAAAGACAGGGGUAUAGGGUUGAUCCAUUAAGUCCCAGUUUGGAUGUUGAGAAGAGCGAGAGUGUGGAUUUUGAAACCAUGUACAAGGUCGUUGAACAGUAG